UGUUGUUAGCGAAUGGACAUGCAACAUGGACGAUCCGCGGGACGUUCAAACUUCCAAGAAAAAUGGGGGCUCCAGGUCAUUGUUUUUGGCCGGCUCCGCGGUGGAUAUGGAGAUUAAACGAAAGAAAAUACGACAGAGUACUUUAUUCCUACAAACAGAGGCAAAGAGCAUGCAGCCGUGCCCUAGUCUUCUGAAAGACACUCUCCAGAUAGUAGAGGAUAUGAAUUUGUUGUACAUACGACAGAUUUCUAAGAAGCUACAGACAACUAACAUACAGGAGAAACUUGACUUUGAGAUGCGAAUGCGAGAGGGAGCCUACAAGCUGCUGCUCGCUUGCAGUAAGAGAGAACAGGUACUAAAUGCUUCCAAGAACAUGUUUACCUGCAAUGCCCGGAUAAAGGCAUAUCUCUCUCAGCUGCAGAAGAAAAAAGAGGAAGAGGACAUGAUGGGGGGAAUCGGCAGACCUUCAGAUCUAAUUUCAGGUGACCGUUUGCCCUGUAAUGGAACAAUUGCUUUGUCAGGGCUGCGCAUACCUUUGAUGUGGAGGGACUCAGACCACUUUAACAACAGAGGGAGUUCUCGCAGGGUGGCUGUGUUCUGUCUGAUGCAGAUUGGCUCAGAAGUGUUUGACACUGAAAUGGUGGUGGUGGAUAGAUCAGUCACUGACAUCUGCUUUGAGGGAAUUACCAUCUUUAAAGAAGCAGUUCCUCAGUUUGAGCUGAAGGUGGAGUUGUGGAGCUGCGCCCUAGAGGAGGAGCUCACACUGGUAAACACGCCAAAGAAACUGGCUAAGAAGCUCCGCAACUCCUUUGGAAAAAGCUCUGGGAGGAAGCUCUGCUCUCUGCUGGACACUCCAGACCCUGACACCUUCCUACAGCACAACCCAAUACCGUCUGGAGCCAAAUACAGCCUGUUGGCCUACACAGCGCUGUGUCUGCCCGAGGCUGAAGGCAGCUUUCAGUCUCACUCCCUUAUUGUCCUCCAAGAUGCUGAGUGGUCCUCUUGGCUUCCACUUUAUGGUAACCUCUGCUGCCGGUUAGUGGCUCAGCCUGCCUGUAUGACACAGACCAUGAUGGCCGGUUACCUGAGCCAGAAGCAAAGUGUGGAAGGCAUGAGCCGCUGCUGCAGUCUUUACUGCGUGCUGAGUGCCGGCUUUUUGUCUUGUUUCUUCACUCCAGAAGAAAUUGAUGCUAAAAUACAACCCAUUCUCAAAGUACCCAUUAAUAAGGACACCCGGAUCCGAGUGUUGGAGAAGGAAUCAGCAGGCCACAAAUCUAGGAGUCUGUCCAUCAUUAACCCUUCACCAGAGGGAUCACAGUCCAUCGUCUUCACCACAGACACCAGGGAAGCGCUGGAGGACUGGGUGGAAGCCCUCCACCAGCACCAUUAUGAUCAGAGCCAGUGGAUGCACUGCUGUGACCAGCUAAUGAAGAUCGAAGUCGCGUCUCCACGGAAACCAUCACUUUUUCUCUCUAAGCAAGCAGACUCUGUUUACAACGACCUGAGUAUAAAUUCACCAGGCAAGUUUGAGAGCAUCACUGAUAUUAUCCACAAUAAAAUUGAGGAGACAGAUGGGCACUUCCUUAUUGGCCAUGAAGAGGAGAAAGAGGCACCUAACUGGUCCAGUCUGUUUGAUGGUUCCCAUUCAGUGGUAGUGCAGAAGGGUAUUCUGUCCCAGAGCAAAACCUCCACCCCUUGUUCGAGCCCCAAUCCCAGCAACAGCAGCUGUACUACCAACAGCAGCAAGAAGCGACGCGCUCCACCUCCUCCCCCUGACAGAGAGCCUUAUGUUGCUCCCACCUGCCCAGCCAGACCUCCUCUCCCUGCCUCUCUUCAUCAGCACCCUCCUCCCUCAUACCAGGAGAAAGAGAAUUCUAGCACUAGCACUUCACGUCCAAUCACAAGGUCCAAAACAGGCAGACCAUCUUUGGAUGCCAAGUUUUCUGCCAUCAUCCAGCAGCUCCAGCGGAAUAAUGCUGGAGGAGCCACCGCCUCAAGUCGAAAAAAUGCUCCUCUGGGCGUGCUCAAUGUACACCCACAAGGUCAGCACCAGCCCCCCCUCCAACAGCUGGACUACCAAAACCACCACACCCAAACCCCUGAGGCCACAGCUGAUCAUGGCUUUGUGAGAGCCACUGAUGGUCCUGGUCCUGUUCCCGCACCACGGAGCAAACUGAGGAAGUCUUUCAGAGAGAGGAUGAACCUUAAAGCGUUGUAACCCCAACCUUAGAUCAGAUCUAGAGUGAGCUAACCCACAGAUGAAAUUAAAAGCUGAAUGCUGGCUUAUACACCACUACCACCAUCAUCAAUCGCACUAAAAUGGAAAGGCUUAUUUCUUUGCUCUGCCACUGGAACAUGGAUUGAAGAAAGAGCUUUUGAAAAGGCGCCCAAAUUGGAAUUGAUCCAUUGGCCGACUGAGGACGAGUCAUUCCUUUUGGAACUAUUGACUUAUUCUACUUACUGUGAUGACUUUAUGACCACUAUAGCUGAAUUUAAGGAACAUAAUUUUAAGAGCAAUUGCAGGCACUAAUGGUCUUAAUAAUAGUGUGACCUUGGUUUUCAGUGGCUACACAGUAUGUCCAACAUAAUUUAACACUACAGCCAAUAUAUGCUAUGAAGAUUAUUGAAUGAAUGAGUCUUUUGAGUAGCUGAAAUAAUGAAUGCCCUUGUGUGUGUGUUUUGAACAUAUCCAGUACUGCCAGCCACUAAAUAUCUCAGCCACUUAGUGAUAUUGUGUUGAAGAAUGGUCGUCAUAAUUACACACAGUGUGCAAAACAUUAGACUUUGCUCCCUUCACAAUCUAGAUGAAGCAUUAUAGUGAAAGCUGCAGUCCCUGUUUUCUUAAAUCUCACCCUCCAUACUGUUUAAUUUAGAGGGGAAGAUGUAGAUUUAGGAGGAGGUGGAUUACAGACGGGUUUAGUUUAAGCCUUGAAAGGGAAAAAGGGAGAGAAGAGUACAGAAAGCGCUGCAGCUUGAUUUUUAGCAGUGUGUCAAAUGCUUUUUGUUUGAUGUGUAUUACUGAUGCAUUAGUCACUUUGAUCUUGUACUGUAUACACUUGGAAACAUAAGAGAGGGUUUGAGGCUAGAACAGCACACCAUCACUUUUCGCUGAUGAGAACAGUGGUUACGUCUCAGACCCCAUGAUUAUCAAAAUAAUUACAUUGCACAUCCUACAUCCCCCCCCCCCCC